CUAGUAGGGGGCGGCAAGUUUGCCCAGCUGAGUGCAGAAGCCCCAGGGAUGCGGCUGGAGGAGGGGGAGGAUAACCAGGCUGGUCUCUGCGAGGCAGCACAUGGGUCCACGGGAGCCCAUGGGGAUCAUUUGUCCAGCUGGUGUGCCCAGGGUUGGGGAGGGAAUACAGGGCGCUGGACAGGACUAGGCUGAGCUAGACAUGCCUCUACCGAGAAGGGGACCACGGGCCAGCUGUUCUCCAGGAGCCCCGGCUGUGAGCAGCCCACGCCUUUGUUAGGGUCCACAGUCCAGAUGUCACAUGAGCCUUGUGGAGUGGUGGGGAUCGCCAGGCCAGUCCUCGGCCCCGCCUGUACUAAGAAGCAUGGUCACGUUUGCAGAAUGUUUCCCUACUGUCUUUCUAUUGUGCUCACCAAAGCAUGUGCAAACAGCAGGGGGAGCUGCGUGCGGGGGUGUACGUGUAUGAAACCAGAGAAACGAAAUGACUCAGCAGAAAUCAGGCAGAAGCAGAGCAGAGGACGGACACCUCCCGGAGCCCUUGGCAUUCCGCCUGAGGUUUAGGUGAUAUUGUCUGCCUCCCGCCCCCUCUCCCCAGCUGUGCUCCUUUCCUUUCUAUCUUGGCACAGCUUCCCUAGAAAAUGCUGCUGAAAAUAUGGAUGAUAUCCUCAGGGGCUGGUGAUUGCAGCCAGAAGUGCCCAUGACCGAGCUGGCGUCCUCCGGGGACGGGUCCCCUGCUGGGGACGGGGAGGAGGGUCUGGGGGACGAUCGAGGCCUGGUCAUCCACCACCCCGCGGAGGAGCAGCCGCACCGCUGCCCGCUGUGCGGCCAGACCUUCUCGCAGCAGCCCAGCCUGGUGCGGCACCAGAAGGCGCACGCCGGGGCGGGCCGCGCGGCCGCCUUCGUGUGUCCCGAGUGCGGCAAGGCCUUCAGCGUCAAGCACAACCUCGAGGUGCACCAGCGCACCCACACGGGCGAGCGGCCCUUCCCCUGCCCCGAGUGCGGCCGCUGCUUCAGCCUCAAGCAGAACCUGCUCACGCACCAGCGCAUCCACAGCGGCGAGAAGCCGCACCAGUGCGCUCAGUGCGGCCGCUGCUUCCGGGAGCCGCGCUUCCUGCUCAACCACCAGCGCACCCACGCGCGCAUGCCCGCGCCGCACCCGCGCCGCCCCGGCGUCUUCGGGGAGCGCAGGCCCUACUUCUGCUCCCGCUGCGGCAAGAGCUUCGCGCGCGAGGGCUCGCUCAAGACCCACCAGCGCAGCCACGGCCACGGGCCCGAGGGCCAGGCGGCCCAUUUAGGCCGCGUGCUCUGACGCGCGCAAGGCCCGCCACUGGCUGUUUCCUGCCGCAGAGCCUCAUCCGUGACCCUUGGAGAUGGCGCUGGGCUGCGGCCCCCUCUCUGGAUGGGAUGUUGGGAGACGAGGAGGGCUGGCUUGGGGUAUCGAAGGAGUGGACCGCUGCCUGGCUUGGGCCGCCUCUUUCUGCUCCUCCCCCAGGACCCUCCGGCUGGGUGCACACAGCUGCUUUGGGCCCCUGCGUUGGUUUUCCUCCUCAGGCCCACCCAGCUUAGAGCAGAUGUGGAGUGGGCAGGACCUCUGGGCAGUGUGCAAGACACAUCUGGCACAGAGACUAGGAAUGGGGCCCUGGGCCUGCAUCCCAGCAUGAGGACGCAUCCCCUAAGAAGACGUACCUCAGGAGGUGAUGGCAGAGGGACCGAUGGAGCCUGGAGUUGGAGGCAGGUUCUGUGCUCUGAUGGAAAAACUCCCCGAACCUGUUGGGAGUCACGGCGGGAGAAGAGCUUGUCCUGGCUGCCUGGCCCUGAACCUCCACUCUCAUGGGGCAGCAGGGACGGUGUCUGGGUGGGAGCCCACUUCUCUGCUCCCUCCUGGCCCACCAGAGACAGGAAGGGAGCGGCCUAAGAGAACACAGCAAGCGGUUGCACACCUGGCUCCAGAAGCCAGACCUUCCGCCAGGAGUGAACCAGACCUGCGAGGCGUCACUUUGCUGUCAGAACCAUGGUUCUCAACACUUUGGGGGUCCUGAAGCCCUUUGAAAAGAUGACAAAGGUUAUGAACCUUCUCCCCAGGAGGACACACAUACUCCCGUAGACGCCAGAAGCAGGUCCAGGAGCUCCUGGACUCCAGGCUGAGAUCCUCGGCCCUGGGACCGACCCGGCACCCUUUCCUUACCUAACCCAGAGCCCCAGGUCCCGGCCUCAGUACAAGUAGCAUUUCUUUCCCCUCCUUCCUCACACCCAUCUUCCUUCCCUUGUUCAGGAAUAAAGAAUUCUGAGGAGGGGC